AUGCAUUUAAGAGGAAAAAUUGACGAGACUGCUAUCUUCAAUAGCUUAUUCAAAUUUAGAGUAGACGCAGGAGAUACUAUUUUAAAUGACCAUUUGCAAAAUUCUGAAGCAAAUGCAACUUAUACCUUACAUAGGAUUCAAAACGAACUUAUAAAUAUAUGCAAUGAAGUGUUACUAGAACAUAUAAUUAAAGAUGUAAAGGAAAGCCAGUUCUUUUCAGUCAUUGCUGAUGAAUCAUGUGAUAUAUCCGGUAUACAGCAGCUUUCGUUAGGAGUACGAUUCAUGCACAAAAUGUCAACCGGUGAAUUCUGUGUAAGGGAAGAAUUUUUAGGCGUUGUACCAUUGCAACGUUUGAACGUAGAAACUAUAUCUGAACAAAUUCUGUCCACUCUCAUAAAAUUUGGGCUUGAUCUAUCAAAAAUAGCCGGUCAAGCCUAUGACAGUUGUUCUACUAUGGUGGAAAAAAUAAGUGGAGUUAGAAAACGAAUUGAAGAUAAAUACCCAAACGCAAACUUUUUUCAUUGUAAAUCUCAUAAGUUGAAUUUAGUCAUUAAUGACUUGAGCGAUGUUUCGAAAUUCGUAACACGGUUGGAACAAUAA